AGCCCAUUUAAAGACCCAUUACAAGAUUAGAGAUACUCAGCCCAUUUAAAAGAUACUAAUUAAAAUUUAAAACUAAAUAAUUUCCAUAAAAAGAGUGAGGAAGAGACAAAAGUGAUUGAUUGGUCGAAAAAAAUGGAAGCGGCAAAGAAACAGAGUGUUACAAAUCAGCUUCUCGCCGUGAAAACAGCUUCCGGCAAGACUUUUAGCCAAUUAGCGGCGGAGACUGGUCUCACCAACGUCUACGUAGCUCAGCUUCUCCGUCGCCAAGCUCAGCUCAAACCGGACACAGUCCCGAAGCUUAAGGAAGCUUUACCAGCUCUGACCGAUGAACUAAUCGGAGAUAUGAUGUCUCCGCCGUGGAGAUCUUAUGAUCCUAAUCUCAUUCAAGAACCCACUAUCUACAGGUUGAAUGAAGCAGUGAUGCAUUUUGGUGAGAGUAUAAAGGAGAUUAUCAAUGAAGAUUUUGGCGACGGCAUCAUGUCGGCAAUAGACUUCUAUUGCUCUGUGGACAAAAUCAAAGGAGUGGAUGGUAAUAAUCGUGUGGUCGUGACACUUGAUGGGAAGUAUCUUUCGCAUUCCGAACAGAGGACGGAGAAUAUGGUCUCAAGGCUAAACCUCAAGGGAAGUACAAGCGAAUGAUAUGAAUGUAAAGAAGCCUUUUCGUAACAAUGAAGGCCUCAUUGUAAGUUGUAACGUUGUAAUGCCUCUGGUGUUUGUUUAUCUGUAAUCUAUGCAACUUCAGCAUCCCGAUUAAAGCUGUUUCAGGUUGAAUAACAGUGAAUAAAUAAAACAUAUAAAACCUUUCUAUGUUUGUAUUUAACAUCGUAAUCGAGUUCUGAUUCAUGCUUAA